CACACACACACACACGCACUGUCACACACACUCUCACACGCUUACACUCUCGGUCUCAGGACCUCCUUGGCAGCCUCUGAAUUCAGGAAACAGGACACAAGGGUGGAUUCACACCGGUCUGAAGCAUGAAGACCUGUUUGAUGCUCCUGUGUCUUUUGGCGUCUGCAUUGUCUGCAUCUGUAAGGAACAAACCUCACGCCAAAGACCAGAACUCUUCUAAGCUCCUGCAGACCCUCCAGAUGACGGACGAUCCCCAGGCUCAGACCCCGAGCGACCAAGACUUAUUACCCACGUCCAUCACUUUUGAAGCAAGCAGCCUCGAGCAGGAGGAUGAGGAUGUGAGCUACAGCCCGGAGAGGGGCGGUGAUGAGGGUGGUACUCCGGUCCUGCUGAGUGAGGCGGUGCUGGCACGUCUGCUGGGGGCCAAGGAGGAGGCCACGGAAGAAGAGACCAGCACUGGGCACCUAAUCCCCACAAAUAUGGACUAUGCUGUGGACAGUGAUGGGGACGGCAAUGGGGAAAGUGACCGGGACAGCAGUGGAUCGAACACUUCGGAGCCCAAGGAUGAUGCUCAGGACUCUGACUUGAUCCCUGAGAUGGUGGACUAUGACCCCCAGGAGGAGGCUGACAUAAGCUCUGAGAGGUUCGAGGAUGGUGUAGGCCAGAUCCGUCUGGUGAGCAGGGACCCCACGGAGGGGAGGGUGAGGAAGGAUCCCCGCCCUGUGGACAGGCGCCCAGAGGGCCCCGUGGAACAGGAGGCCGCAGAGGACCCAUGUGAGGGUUUCCCAUGCAAACGUGGGAAAACAUGCCGAGUGAAUGAGGAGAACCAGCCUGAGUGUGUCUGCCAGGAUCCCAUUUCGUGUGCCCCGAGCAUGACUGAGUUUCAACAUGUCUGUGGGACAGACAACAAGACCUAUGACAGCGCCUGCCAACUCUUUGCUACCAAGUGUGGCCUGGAGGGCAGCAAGCAAGGACGCCGGCUCCACCUCGACUAUACCGGCCCCUGUAAACUCAUCACACCAUGCCAAGAUGGUGAGCUGCAGCAGUUUCCCUUACGCAUGAGGGACUGGCUGAAGAAUGUGCUGCUGCAGCGGUACGAGCUCGACAGCAAGGCCCCAGGGCUCCUCACGCUAAAGCAACGACUGCGGGUUCAGAAGAUCUAUGAGAGUGAGAGACGUCUCCAUGCGGGUGACCACCCCAUCGAGACGUUGGCAAGGGACUUUGAGAAGAACUACCACAUGUACAUUUACCCUGUGCACUGGCAGUUUGCCCAGAUGGACCAACAUCCUGCUGACAGGUACCUAACCCACUCCGAACUGGCCCCACUCAGGGCACCUUUGGUCCCCAUGGAGCACUGCACCUCUCGAUUCUUCCAGGAGUGUGACGGUGACAAGGACAAUCACGUGUCCUUCAGGGAAUGGGGUCAGUGCUUUGGCAUCAAAAAGGAUGACAUGGAUGUGAAUUUGCUGUUCUAAACUCACACCACCAUCUUAUACGUGACUUUUUUCUGCACUGGAGACA